GAGUUUCCCCUGAGAACUGAGCAUAUGGCGUUUUCCGAACGUGGUCGUUUAUAAGCCGUGAGGGGAGUCAUUCAUCCAGACACAUUACACACUGAAGAUGGCUUCGGUUUGGAGUCUGGCGUUUACCUUGGUCGUCGUGGGUUUGGGUUUCUGCCACGGCAAGUUAUGCAUUCCCGACUGCUCGGAAAUGAGGGAGGGCGACAAGGUCCCUGACCCUACUAACUGCUUCCGUUAUUACUACUGCAGCGACCCCGAAGGCACAGGCGAGCUGAUCCACUCCUCUGAGCCUUUAGACUGUCCUGAAGGGUAUUAUUUCAACGCUGAGCUCCAUAUAUUAGAAUGUGAACCAAUCGUCCCAGAAAAUAUGCACUGCACCGCUCUAUGUAACCCGUGUGAGGUGAAAUGUACAGCGCCAGGUACGCUCAUUCCGAAUGUGAAUGACUGCGGAAUGUACAAGAUCUGCCUGGACGACGGGAGCUCGAUCGACGACUAUUGUCCCAACAAUCUGCCUUAUUUCGACUACGAAGCAGGCCUCUGCUCUCAAGACCCAGGUAACUGCUACAGUCUCUGUGACGCCUGCGAUCUCUACUGCACGCAUGAAGGCAAAGUCCCUGACCCUCACGACUGCACGAUGUACUAUUACUGCGACCCUCCCCUUCUCUCUCACUUCGAGUGUCCGAAUGACGAGACGUUCAACCCGGACACCCUGGUCUGCGAGAAGAAUCCGACGGGCAAUUGUACCAACUUGUGUUAAAAAGAUAUUCCGGUUU